CAGCGGCAGCAAUGAACUACACUUCCCAUUGCACUUAAGCAACGGAAGCGACGUAAACAGCAGAGAGAAUUGGAGCGUUCGGGUAAAAAUGGCUGAAUAUUUAGCUUCGAUAUUCGGGACUGAGAAGGACAAAUCGGGGCCUGCCGGCACGGGGACCGGUGCUCCCGGCUUCACAACAAACCGACUUUCAGCCAGGCCCACCCUACCGCCCCACUUCUUUCUCAUGGGACCUCUUCAAGUUCUUCUCCCAACCUUCAGGCCUUUCUCGCGGGGACUUGGUCACGCCCCCACCAUAGUGCUGCUCAACCUGUACCGGAAUCCACAGAACACUGCCCAAACCGCAGACGGAUCGCACUGUCACGUGAGCGAUGUGGAGGUGCAAGAACACUAUGAUAACUUCUUCGAGGAAGUGUUCACGGAACUGCAGGAGAAGUACGGGGAGAUUGAAGAGAUGAAUGUGUGCGACAACUUGGGGGAUCACCUCGUGGGCAAUGUUUAUGUCAAGUUUCGGCGGGAGGAGGAUGCAGAGCGGGCAGUGGCUGAACUCAAUAACCGCUGGUUCAAUGGGCAGGCUGUGCAUGCCGAGCUGUCUCCAGUCACUGACUUCCGGGAAUCAUGCUGUCGACAGUAUGAGAUGGGGGAAUGCACCCGCGGUGGUUUCUGCAACUUCAUGCACCUGCGACCCAUCUCCCGCAACCUUCGACGGCAGCUCUAUGGGCGGGGACCCAGGCGCAGGUCACCCCCAAGGUCCCAUGCUGGCCACCGUCCUCGAGAAAGAAAUCGGCGACGGUCCCCAGACCACCGGCAUGGCCGUUUCUGAGACCCUGACCCUCCUGCCCUCUGCCCCUGGCAGGCACAGAUGUUCCUGGCCAGGACCCCUCUUCAAAGGUCUCUUAACUCCCCAGCACCAUCUUCUCCAGGCUCCGGGUCUCCGUGAUGUAAUAUGUUCAACACAGGGACCUUCUCCUACCACCCUUCCUCUAAUAAAGUUCUGUAUUGAGGGUUUAGAGCUUCGUUGUUAGCUUGAGCCUAGCUGUGGGCUGGUUUCCUUCCACCCCCGCAUCUGAUGAAAAGGGGAAGUGGCGCUGGGCUCUGGCCACAAAUUCUGCCAAGGAAGGUGGGGAAGCAGCCUGCCCAGGGGGCUAGAGGGACUGUUUGGGUGGGGCUGCCGUUUUGCUGGAGACUUCAGCAUAUCCAUCUGAGGCAUCUCAAGGGGAAUACAAUUGGCUGUGUCAGGUUGGAGGAGACUGGGGUUUGGAGCUAAGGUUCCCUGGAGGCUUCAGAGGCAGAGGACUCAUGGAAGGAGGUCUCUCUGCCUCCAGUCCUAGGAAGCUGCUGCGUCUGGAAUCCCAGCCCCUGUCGCGCCUCCUGGACGAGCUGGAGGAGCUGGUCGUGCUGCUGGAUCCCAAGCCUGGGCCUGGUGGGACGAUGUCCUAUGGCACCACCCGACACCUGGCUGCAAGAUACGGACUGCCUGCUGCCUGGUCCACCUUUGCCUACUCACUGCGGCCCAGUUGCUCACCUCUUCGGGGCCCUGAUCGAGAUGGUGGCAAAGGAGCCCUCUGCCUCUCUGGGCCAGCUUGGCACACACCUGGCCCACAUAGGACAGGCAGACGCACUGAAGGUGCUGUCCAAACUUGGUUGAUCUGGGGCUUGCCUGGCCUAGUACUCAACAAAAAUAAAGUUUCCCUUGAAGUAA